CGCUUCUUUGGUUGCUUCAGGUGUUUGGUAGUACCUGAUGGUAUUAGUGGUGAGCAACAGGUGGUUUAGAGUUGUGAAAAGUGUCAAGGAAGCAAAUGGUCGUGUUGAGCGUAUUUGAAUGCAAGAUUUUUCAAGUAAAGUGUCCCCUCCACCGAUUAGAAACGCGCUAUUAAAGUAAGUGGCCAGUCAAGCGUCCGCCAUUGCCUGUUGUCCGUCUACCUGUGUCGAGAUGGCUGUCCAAGUCCUCACCAUUUGGCGUGAAGAUGCGAGGGGGUGACUUGCGGGAUGUCGGGGUACCAUGAGUCCAGGUGGCACGAGGGCUGCUUGGGCCGGUGCGAGGAGUGCACCACGUGCCAUCAGUCCGACGAGGGCCUGUACAAAAGGUUCGUGACUGUGGGCUCGGUGCGGUACGGCAUGCGGUUGGGGGCGGUUUCGCCCCCGCCGCCGGGAGCCGGCCCGCGUUACCGCUCCCAGUGCUGCUGGCCCACAGCGACUGCUCCCGGCGGCUACGUCUCCCGGAUCCCGCUGCUCACCGCGACGCCUAUUAAUAGUUUCGAUAUAAUUAGUUGCGCAAAUAGACUGAGGAUCAACGAGGAGGCUACGUCAGAGCUGCCUCAGCAGACUGUGCGCGAUCAUGUACUCUACUCCACCAAGUGCCUGAAGAAUCAACUCAAGCGCUGUGCUUUGGUAAGGCCGCAGAUUUAUGCACGAUUGUGUGAAAACGCCGAAGAAGAAGAGUUCAAUCUGGAUCGGCUUCCGAGGUUCCGCUUCGGCGGAAAUCGGACCACUACCAAUAAAGUCAGAGAUUUCGAAAAAAGAGCCAACGAGCAAAGACUCAGAGACUUGACUGAAAGACUCAAAAGAGGACCGAUACCACCCCCGAGGACCAGACACCAACCCAAAACACCACCAGAGGAACCAAUCAGAGUUACACCACUACGAAGUGCCUCCUUCUCACAAGUAGACUAUUCCAGUGAUGAUAAAAAAUACGUCAGGCGAAGAAACCCUGUUUGUGAUACAACAAACCAAACAGUUGCGACUCUACCAAGAUCCAAAAACCCAACAAGAUGUGAUAAUUUCAAAGAACCUGAACGAGACACUGAUGAUAACACCUUAAAACAAUCAAUAACACGUAGCAAUACCAUUUCAACUGGUACUUCCAACACACAAGAGAAGAAACGUGAUAAACUCCGACGACGUAAAGGCAUUUACAUUUCACAAUGGCCCAACUCUUCCGAAAAUGUCAUUCCUCAAUUUGUCGAAGACGGCGAUUUUGCCUCUUGUUCGGACCCCCCGAAACUUUUAGAAGAACCCCCAGAUGAUAAAUCACAAAUAAUGUGGACAAGUCCACAAGAGGAACCUUUAAGUCCCGAAGAAAACACAACGGUACCAGAAUGGCCCAAAAUCUCCCGAGGGAUGUUCCUCCUCCGUUCAGACUCCCUCUCAGAGGGUGAACCAGAAAUGGGCAAACAGGAUCAAAUUUCCUCCAUACCAUCCGAUGUUUCCGACUGUGAGAGUCGACUUAGCACGGGGAACGACCCCUGUAACCCCCGACGGUACUCCAAACGACCCUUACGAGGCCCCUACGGCCAAAUGCUUGAAGCCGAAAUGAAAAAACCCGAAACUGGUCGCAAAAACCAACUAAGUAAUGACCUCAAAUUCCUCGAAGAUUUAUCGUUGCAAAAUCGGGAUGUUAAGUUGAAACAUAGAUCAAGGUAUGAUGACUCGAAUAAUUUAAGUUCGCCGAAACAGUUGCUAACGUUAUCAAAACGGAAAGUUAGUGCUGAUAGUUUAGUUGUUGAGAAUGAUCAAAGGUUGGUUGUUAAUCACCAACGCACCACUUCGAGUCCCUCCAAGUUGGAGGGUUUUGCCAACGCUGAUGUUUCACAAGAAUUACUGGAACAGUUGUUGAGGGGGAGUUCCGAACAGCUUGCCACGGAUGCCAAUUUACAGCAAAAAAAUGAUACGAGAACGCACGUGGUUGUUGAGCUUUACGAUAACGAGAGGACUUAUGUCGAAGCUUUGCAGAUUUUGGUCACGAAAUAUUUGGAACCACUUAAAAGCUCAGAAAACGCCAAUCUUCUAGAUGCGACACUUGUUGAUGAAAUUUUCUACCAAAUACCGUUUUUGUUAAGUCACCAUCAAGCUUUUUUGGAAGAAUUAAAAAAGCGUCUGGAACACUGGGACAUUAAGCAGAAAAUCGGAGACGUCUUUUUGGAGAUGUUUUCGAAGAGUUCGGUAAUUGAGAGUUACACUAAUUAUGUAAAUAAUUGGAAACGUGCAAGAGAGAUUAUUAAAAGUGCCCAACAGUCUAAACCGACUUUUGCCCGUUUUUUGGAGACAACAGCAAGGGAACACAAAGGCAAGUUAGCACUUGAUUCUUUAUUGAUCAAACCAAUACAAAAAUUUCCAAAAUACGAAUUGUUACUUCAAAGAUUGAUCAAACACACUGAUGUUAACCACCCGGAUCAUAGUUUGUUACUAGCGGCCCAAAAAGAAGUCCAUGAUCAAUUACUGAAAAUCAAUUGUACUGAAAGAGAAGCUUUAGAGUUGGAGCAACUUCGUGAAAUUGAGGGUUUGAUCGAAGGCCUAAUCGAGUUGGUGUCAGCCGAUCGUCAGUAUUUGAGACAUGAUUUAGUCAGUAUGGCCGCUGGUGGUGGUACUCGCAAAGAACGCGCUUUGUUUCUCUUCUCGGAUUUGUUACUAGUGACGAGUAUUAAGCGAAGGAGUGGAACCAUUCGACGGCCUACUGGUCAAGGAAGCGUCACUAGUACCCUCGAAGCAAACAAGUACAAAUUACUUAUGAAAAUAGCUUUAGAAGAUUUAGAAAUCGUGCGUUCGAAAGAUGACAAUUUGAAACAAAUGAUGAUCGAAAUUGAGAAUUUAUCCGCGGAUGUUGGCAUUUUGAACCAAAUUAAUGAAUUAAGUUGGUCGCUACAUUGUAAUCAUACUCAAUUAGAUGAUCUCAUUAGAGAUAUGUUGUCAUCUUUGAAUAAGCAAUUAAUGGAGCAACAGAACAGCGACUCGCAACUCUCUUGUCUCGAGCUUACUUUAAACACAUCCAACGGUUUGGAAAAUAUCUCGAUUGUUUUUUCCAAACCUGAAAAACGCGCGUCUUGGGAGGAGUCUUUCAACGAGGCGAAGCACAAAUUAGCAAUAUCGGGUGAUAGAAAACCAAGUCCGGAACUGUUGGCAACAGUUCCGAUUCGGAAAACACGAGCCGGUCUCCAAUUCACCUGCGCUGCGCCCACUUUAGGCGACAAUGGCAAAGACGUGUGGGUUUGCAACAGCGAUGGUUAUGUAGGUCAAGUGUGCAUUUUAAGCCUCCAACCCGAACCCACCGUAACUUCCUGUAACGGUGUUUGUAACGCGAGGAUUUUGUGCAUAGCGUCAGUCCCUGGUGUCAGUUGCAGUUCUGUUAGAGGGAACAACAAUCGGGACGACAACGAGGAACACAAGACGAUACAAUUCGAUAGUAGCUCCUCAAGUGACGAGGAUGACGAAACUGACAAUGAGGAAGUUGACGAACCGCAGAAAAUUUCCGAAACUUCUGAUGUUUCAAGUGCCGAUUUGGACGAUAUUGACAGUCAACAGUCGACUAUUUGGUUGGGGACAGAAGACGGUUGUAUCCAUGUUUACAAUUCCAGUGACAAUAUUCGUAUUAAGAAAAACAAAAUUCGGUUACAACAUGGAUCAUCGAUACUUAGCAUAAUUUAUUUGGACAAUCGGGUUUUCGUCUCGUUGGCUAAUGGUGACGUUACUAUUUAUGACCGGGAUGGAUCUGGUUGGAAUGUCAACUCUCCGACAACUGUAUCAGUCGGUUCGACAAACAUGCCGGUGUCAAAAAUGCUUCCAAAUGCGGGGAAAUUGUGGUGUAGUUGUGGCAACACGAUUAAAGUCUUCAACACCCAAAACUUAACCACUGAAAAUCAUUUUACGGUUAAUAAUGACAGUAAUAAGCCAAUUUUUUGUAUAGUCCUUUUCGGGAAUGGUCUCUGGUUGUCUUUGCAAAAUUCGGCAAUUGUCAAGUGCUUCCAUACUCAGAAUUUCGAGCAAUUGUGCGAAGUGAAUGUAGCUCCAGCUGUGACUAAAAUGUUAACAAGUUGUGAUGAUAUAAUCAGACAGCACAAAGCGGCCUGUUUGCGUGUCACGUCUCUUUUGGCUUGUAAAGACUUGUUAUGGAUUGGAACUUCAGCCGGUGUUUUGCUAACAAUGCCUUUGCCCCAUAUAACAUCCUCUACGACGAAACUACCAAACGUUCCAACUGUCACAGGAGUGUCUCAUGGCCACACCGGUCAUGUCCGAUUUUUGACUUUCGUUGAACUUAAUUCAGGGGUGUGUGAGGGGCAACAGAGGAAUUCGUACAAAGGCAAGCCGGAGCAGCGCAGUAAUUCGAAAUUACUUGUGAUAUCGGGGGGAGACGGUUAUGAGGAUUUCCGCAGUUCGAACUUAUCAGAAGUCGCAGGUCGGGAGGAUUCCACCAAUCACCUCCUUCUGUGGAACAUUUGAUCAAAAAAAUUCUUGUCUAAUUAUAUGAAUGUGGCAUAUCUGAACCGUUCUAUGUUCGAGUGAUAAAUGCAUUUUUGUAAAAUGUGUGAUAGUAAUAUUAGGUUUGUGCAUAACGGCAUUGUUUGUUUGUGGUGGUAGUGUUAAUUUCGCCUAACUUGAUAUGUUCCUAAUGUGUUAUUUGGCUGCGAUAAUUGCAUUAUAUUGUUUAUAAUACAAUUAUUUUGACAAAGCCCAGAUGUAAUUUAAUAUGUUAUUUUUUUAAUGAUGCCUAUAUUUUUCCUUACAUCGAACGAACUGUUUUGUAAUAAUAAAUUUUUUAAAACAUUUGCAGCACAGAAAAUUAUCUUAAUUGUAUUGCUCAAAUAUGGCAAAUUCUAUACUUGUUGGACAAAUACAGUAUUUAUUUUUA